UUGUCUCUCUCUCUUUCUUUUGGAUAUAUUUUAUCUUAUCAGGUUCUAGAUCUUCAGGAAAAAUGGAGCAGUUUUCAAAGGAAAAGGAAACCAUGCUGGAGAGCGGUGGGCCCAAGGUGCUGGAAACGGCUGAAGAGAUCCAGGAGAGGCGUCAGGAGGUCUUGACUCGGUACCAGAGGUUCAAGAAGCUGGUUGUUGAGAGAGGCCAGAAGCUUCAAGAGUCCUAUCACUACCAGGUUUUCAGAAGGGAUGCAGAUGACCUGGAGAAGUGGAUCUUGGAGAAACUCGACAUUGCAGCCGAAAAGAGCUAUGAAGACCCAACCAACAUGCAGGUGAAAUAUCAAAAACAUGAAGCCUUUGAAGCAGAGGUGCAAGCAAAAUCAAGGGUCAUUCGUGACCUGGAAGAAACCAGGGAAGUCCGAUUUGUUGAAGGACAUUUUGCCCAUGAGGACACCAAGGUCCAUCUUGAGGAACUGCGCCGCCUGUGGGACCUGCUGCUAGAGUUGACCAAGGAGAAAGGCAUCCUGCUGCUGAAGGCCCUGAAGUUCCAGCAGUACUUUCAGGAGUGUGAUGACAUCUUGGAGUGGAUUGGAGACAAGGAGGCUAUAGUGACAUCAGUAGAGCUGGGUAAGGACUGGGAGCGCACAGACAUUCUGCAUAAGAAGUUUGAAGAGUUCCAAGUGGAACUGGCAGCUCGAAAGGAGCGAGUGGAUGGAGUGAACCAAUAUGCCAAUGAGUGUGCCCAGGAAGACCAUCCUAAAUUACCCUUAAUUAAGUCAAAGCAAGAUGAGGUAAAUGCUGCCUGGGAGCGUCUCCAUGGUCUGGCUCUGCAACGACGUGAAACCCUGUCCAAUGCCGCAGACCUCCAGCGAUUCAAGAGGGAUGUGAGUGAAGCCAUCCAGUGGAUCAAGGAGAAGGAGCCCCAGCUCUCCUCUGAGGAUUAUGGCAAAGACCUUGUUAAGUCUGAGGCCCUGUUCCACAGUCACAAGGGACUUGAGAGGAGCCUUGCAGUCAUGGAAGACAAAGUGAAGGAGUUAUGUGCCAAAGCAGACAAGCUGAAGCUUUCUCAUCCUUCUGAGGCACCUGAGAUUCAGCAGAUGAAAGAGGAUCUAAUUUCCAACUGGGAGCACAUUCGUGCCUUGGCUACCAACCGAUACGCAAAGCUGCAGGCUUCCUAUUGGUACCAGCGCUUCUUAUCAGAUUAUGAGGAGCUCUCAGGCUGGAUGAGGGAGAAGACUGCUCUGAUCAAUGCUGAUGAGCUGCCAGAGGAUGUGGCUAGUGGGGAAGCCCUACUGGACAGGCAUCAGCAGCAUAAGCAUGAGAUUGACUCUUACAAUGAACGAUUUCAAUCUGUUGAUGAGACUGGUCAAGCCCUGCUGGAUGCCAACCAUGAAGCCUCCGAUGAAGUUCGGGAACAGAUGGUAACCCUUGCCAACAGCUGGGCUGCCCUGCUGAAACUCUGGGACCAGCGUCAGCGUCAGUAUGAGCAGUGUUUGGAUUUACACCUCUUCUAUCGAGACAGUGAGCAAGUGGACAGUUGGAUGAGCAGACAAGAGGCCUUCCUGGAGAACGAGGACCUGGGAAACUCCCUGGGCAGUGUACAAGAGCUUCUUCAGAAGCAUGAAGACUUUGAGGAAGCCUUUACUGCUCAGGAACAGAAGAUAACAAACUUAGACAGGACUGCAAGCAAACUGAUUGACAAUGACCAUUACGAUUCACGGAACAUCGCUGCUAUCCGAGAUGCGCUGUUGGCCCGACGGGAUGCCCUUCGUGAAAGGGCUGCAGAUCGAUGCAGAAUGCUGAGGGAUUCGUUGCUUCUGCAGCAACUGUAUCAGGACUCAGAUGACUUAAAGAACUGGAUCAACAAGAAGAAAAAGUUGGCAGAUGAUGAAGAUUACAAGGAUACACAGAACUUAAAGAGCCGUGUUCAAAAGCAGCAAGUCUUUGAAAAAGAGUUGGCAGCUAAUAAGCUCCUGCUCAACAACUUGGAGCAAACUGGUCAGGAGAUGAUUGAGGGCAAUCACUAUGCCUCUGACGACGUGGCUGCUCGUGUGCAUGAGGUUGCCACCCUCUGGAAGGAAUUGCUGGAUGCUACAGCACAGAAAGGGACCCAGUUGCAUGAAGCUAACCAGCAGCUGCAAUUUGAAAAUAAUGCAGAAGAUCUGAAGCGCUGGCUGGAGGAGGUGGGGUGGCAAGCUACCUCCGAGUAUUAUGGGAAAGGCCUGGCAGAUGUCCAGAAUCUACUCAGAAAACAUGACCUCCUCGAGUCUGCUGUGGCUGCUCGUCAGGAUCAGGUGGACACCCUCACAGAUCUGGCUGCAUAUUUUGAAGAAGCAGGCCAUCCUGAUGCUGGGGAUAUACGAGCAAGGCAGGAGUCCUUGGUGUCCCGGUUUGAAGCCCUAAAGGAGCCACUGGCCACCCGGAAAAAGAAGCUCAUUGACAUCCUCCAACUGCUGCUGAUCUGCAGAGACACAGAGGAUGAGGAAGCCUGGAUCCAAGAAACUGAACCCUCUGCAGCUUCCACCUAUGUUGGCAAGGACCUGAUUGCCUCCAAGAAUCUUCUUAACAGGCACGAAGUCAUCCUGGCUGACAUUUUGAGCCAUGAGCCACGCAUCCAAGUGAUAACAGAGAAGGGAAACAAGAUGGUAAAUGAAGGACACUUUGCUGCAGAAGAUGUGGCAUCUAGGGUGAAAAGUCUGAAUGAGAAUAUGGAGUCUCUACAGGCUCGAGCUGCUAAGCGAAAGAAUGAUCUCGAGGCCAAUGUCCAGCUCCAGCAGUACCUGGCUGACCUGCACGAAGCUGAAGCAUGGAUUACAGAGAAAGAACCUAUUGUGGACAACACCACCUAUGGGGCUGAUGAGGAAGCAGCUGGGGCUCUUUUAAAGAAGCAUGAGGCCUUCCUGGUGGAUCUCAAUGCCUUUGGAAACAGUAUGCAAGCUCUACGGGAUCAGGCAGACGCCUGCCAGCAACAGCAGGCUGCACCGGUGGAGGGAGCUGCUGGAGCACAGAGGGUUAUGGCUUUAUAUGACUUCCAGGCCCGCAGCCCCCGAGAAGUCACCAUGAAGAAAGAUGAUGUCUUAUUUCUACUCAGUUCCAUCAACAAGGACUGGUGGAAAGUAGAAACUGAUGAUCACCAAGGCUUUGUCCCAGCUGUCUAUGUCAGGAAACUGGCCCAUGAUGAGUUUCCAAUGCUCCCACGGAGGCAACGAGAAGAGCCGGGCAGCAUUACCCAGCGCCAGGAGCAGAUUGAGAACCAGUACCAGUCCCUCCUCGAUCGGGCAGAAGAGCGCAGACGUCAUCUAUUAAAACGUUACAAUGAGUUUUGGCUGGACUAUGAGGCAAGAGACAUGCUGAACUGGAUCAGAGACAAAAAGGCAGAAAACACUAUGGUGGAAAUAGAUGAUGUUUGGGAGCUGCAGAAAAAGUUUGAUGAGUUCCAAACGGAUUUGAAGACCAAUGAGCCUCGGCUGAGGGAUAUCAACAAGGUGGCUGAUGAUCUGCUAUUUGAAUCCCUUUUAACACCGGAAGGAGCUCAAAUCCGGCAGGAGCUGAAUGCCCGCUGGGACUCCCUGCAGAGGCUUGCAGAAGAACAGCGCCAACUGCUGGGAAGUGCCCAUGCUGUCCAGAUGUUUCACAGAGAAGCAGAUGACACGAAGGAGAAGAUUGAGAAGAAGUGCCAGGCCCUCAGUGCUGCUGACCCUGGCUCAGACCUGUUCAGUGUUCAAGCCCUUCAGCGACAGCAUGAGGGCUUUGAGAGAGACCUGGUGCCCCUGGGGGAGAAGGUGACCAUCCUGGGGGAAACAGCGGAGCGGCUCAGUGAGUCCCAUCCAGAUGCCAUGGAGGACCUUCAGUGGCAGCGAAAAGAGCUGAAUGAGGCCUGGGAUGACCUGCUGGGGCUGACAGAGGAUCGUAAGGAGAAUCUAAGUGAGGCCCAGAAAUUCUACUUGUUCCUCAGCAAGGCCAGGGACCUGCAGAAUUGCAUCAGUGGCAUUGGUGGCAUGGUGUCAUCACAGGAGCUAGCCGAGGACUUAACUGGCACAGAGAUCAUGCUGGAGCGACACCAGGAGCAUCGUGCUGACAUGGAGGCAGAAGCUCCCACCUUCCAGGCCUUAGAGGACUUUGGUGCACAACUGAUAGACAGCGGGCACCGUGAUAGCCCUGAAAUUGAAAAUAAGCUUCAAGCUGUCAGACUAGAGAGACAAGAUUUGGAGAAAGCUUGGGAACAACGCAAGAGGAUGCUAGACCAAUGUCUGGGUUUGAAGUUGUUCCAAGGGAACUGUGAUCAGGCUGAGAGCUGGAUGGUGGCCCGUGAGAAUUUCCUGAGGUCAGAUGACAAGGACUCCUUAGACAGCCUGGAGGCCUUGAUGAAGAAACGUGAUGAUUUAGACAAAGCAAUCACUGCCCAGGAAGGGAAGAUCACUGACCUAAAACAUUUUGCUGAGCAACUCAUAGCUGAUGACCACUAUGCCAAGGAGGAGAUUGCUGCCCGACUCCAACGGGUGCUGGACAGGUGGAAUGCUCUCAAAGCACUGAUGAUUGCUGAGAGGACAAAGCUUGGAGACUACGCUGACCUGAAACAGUUCUACCGUGACCUCAAGGAGAUAAGGGAGUGGAUCAGUGAGAUGCUGCCCACAGCCUGUGAUGAGUCCUACAAAGACCCUACCAACAUUCAGAGGAAAUACCUGAAACACCAGGCUUUUAAAAAUGAGGUUGAUGGCCGAACUGAGCAGGUAGAAGGAGUCAUCAGUCUGGGGAGCUCUCUGAUUGAGCGGAACGCAUGUGAUGGCAAUGAAGAGAACAUGAAGGAACAACUGGAAGAGCUGGAAAAACAAUGGAACCACCUGCUUGAGAGGACAACUGACAAAGGGCAGAAGCUCAAUGAGGCCAGUCGCCAGCAGAGGUUCAACACAGGCAUCCGGGACUUUGAGUUCUGGCUCUCAGAGGCAGAGACACUGCUGGCCAUGAAAGAUCAGGCCAAGGACUUGGCAUCAGCAGGUAACCUGCUCAAGAAGCAUCAGCUAUUGGAGACAGAGAUGUCGGCCCGAGAGGAUGCCCUCAAGGAUGUGAACGAAUUGGCUGCUGAUCUGCUCUCCAGUGGGACUUUCAACACUGAGCAGAUUGUGGAGAAGAGGGAUAGCAUCAACAAGCGCUUCCUGAAUGUCCAGAAUUUGGCAGCUGCGCACCAUGAGAAACUGAAAGAGGCCUAUGCCUUGUUCCAGUUCUUUCAGGACCUGGAUGACGAGGAAUCCUGGAUAGAGGAUAAAUUGGUACGAGUGAGCUCCCAGGACUAUGGGAGGGAUCUGCAGGGUGUUCAGAACUUACUGAAGAAACACAAACGCCUAGAGGGGGAGCUGGAGGCACACAAGCCAGCCAUCCAGAACGUGCUGGAUAUGGCAGAGAAGCUAGGAGACAAAGCUGCUGUGGGGCAAGAAGAGAUCCAGAAGCGGCUGGCUCAGCUUGUUCAACAUUGGGAGAAGCUGAAGGACUUGGCCAAGGCUCGAGGGCUUCAUUUGGAAGAAUCCUUAGAAUACUUGCAAUUCAUGGAGAAUGCCGAGGAAGAGGAAGCUUGGAUCGGUGAAAAGGAUGCUAUGGUUGCACAAGGGCAUUCUGGAGAUACAUUGGCUGCUACUCAGAGCUUGCUGAAGAAGCAUGAAGCUUUGGACAAUGACUUUGCUGUCCAUGAGACCCGAGUGCAAAAUGUGUGUGCUCAAGGAGAAGACAUCCUGAAUAAGGAGGAGAGCCAGAAAAAGGAGGAAAUUUCUGCCAAGAUAGAGGCUCUGCAUGAGAAGACCCUAUUUCUGUCCAAAGCAGUAGCUGGUUGGAAGCACCAAUUGGAGGAUGAUUAUGCCUUUCAGCAGUUUAACUGGAAGGCUGAUGUGAUCGAAGCCUGGAUAGCUGAGAAGGAAAGAAGCCUGAACACCAGUGGCAACGGUGCAGACCUUGCUGCGUUCCUCACUCUCCUGGCAAGACAGGACACACUGGAUGCAAGUCUGCAACACUUCCAGCAAGACAGGCUGUUUGAGAUCACUGACCUGAAGGACCAGCUGGUGGCUGCUCAGCACAGCCAGACCAAAGCCAUUGAGGAGCGCCAUGCUGCCCUGAUGAGGCGCUGGGAAGAGCUGCUGGAAGCUUCUGCAGCCCACAGACAGAAGCUGCUGGAGAACCAGCUACCCUUUCAGAAGGCCGAGGAGCUAUUCAUGGAAUUUGCACACAAGGCCUCAGCUUUCAACAGCUGGUGUGAGAAUGCCCAGGAGGACCUGUCAGAGCCUGUGCAUUGUGUCUCCCUGAAUGAGAUUCGGCAGCUGCAGAAGGACCAUGAGGCCUUCUUGGCCUCCUUUGCAGGGGCUCAAGCUGACUUCAACUAUUUGCUGGAGCUGGAUCAGCAGAUCAAAGCCUUAAAUGUGCCAUCUAGCCCUUAUACCUGGUUAACAGUGGAUGUGCUAGAAAGGAUCUGGAAGCAGCUACCUGAUAUCAUCAAGGAACGAGAGCAGGAGCUGCAAAAAGAGGAAGCAAGACAAGUCAAGAACUUUGAGAUGUGCCAGGAGUUUGAACAGAGUGCCGGUGCCUUCCUGCAGUGGAUCUUAGAGACAAGGGCUUAUUUUCUGGAUGGAUCUUUGCUCAAAGAAACAGGAACUCUGGAAUCCCAAUUGGAAGCAAAUAAAAGGAAGCAGAAGGAGAUCCAGGCGAUGAAGCGUCAGCUGACCAAGAUUGAGGACCUUGGGAACAACUUGGAGGAGGCAAUGAUCCUUGACAUAAAAUACAGCACAGUUGGGCUGGCCCAACAGUGGGACCAGCUCUACCAACUUGGAAUGCGGAUGCAACACAACCUGGAACAACAGAUCCAAGCCAAAGACACAAUCGGUGUGAGUGAGGAGACAUUACAGGAGUUUAACACAACUUAUAAACACUUUGAUGAGAAUCUGACAGGGCGCUUGUCUCACAAGGAUUUCCGGUCCUGCCUGAGGGGACUCAAUUACUUCUUGCCCAUGGUGGAAGAGGAGGAACCUGAGCCCAAGUUUGAGAAAUUCCUGGAUGCUGUUGAUCCAGGGAGGAAGGGUUAUGUGUCACGUGAAGACUAUACCUCAUUUCUGAUUGACAAGGAGUCAGAGAACAUCAGGACCAGUGAUGAAAUAGAGAAUUCUUUCCAAGCUCUGGCAGAGGGCAAGGCCUACAUUACCAAGGAGGACAUGAAGCAGGCCCUAACCCCUGAGCAAGUGUCAUUCUGUACCACACAUAUGCAGCAAUAUGUGGAUCCACGGGGUCAAAGACACCCUGCUGGCUAUGACUACGUUGGCUUCACCAGUUCCUACUUUGGCAACUAAUAAAAUGUUCUCGUGGAACAUAGAAGAUGUUGGUGUGGUGGGAAGUAUUGGGGGACAAAGGGGAUAGGCAAGUGCGUAGGGUGGGGAGAUGAUUCUGUGUGUGAGUGUAUGUUCAUUACAUUUACUGCAAGACCUAAAACCCUCAAGCUUGGAGGUAUGACAGGUUAACAGCUGGAAGAGAGGGGACUGCAUUCAUUUUACGGGUGACUAGUCAUACUGAGUUGUGCCAAGUUUUCUAUUUUUUGUUUUUUGGAUUUAUAUAUUUUUAUUAUUUUGUUUUGUUCUGAUUAUAAAAUAAAGUAUUUCUUUUUACAAAAAAGUAUUUCAUUUUAAUAGGUCCAAGUGAGUUAAAAUGUUACUGAUCCAAUUGGGUUUCUGUAUUUCUGCAAAUUAUACUGUCCUCUAAAUAUAGGAAGCUAAUUAUACUAUAAAAAAGGAUCAUGGUGAAGUAGAUAAAUAAAAUCUAAGAUGAUUUACAAACUAUUUCUCUUUAGCUUUAGAAUUUGUAAAAAUGCUUAUAUGUGAAAGUGAAGGUACUUUAUAUUCUAGGAACCCCUGAUAUUUUAGUCUGUACAAUCGAAUCACAGAGAAGACAAAUGUGUCAACUAUUUUGUUCUUAAGCUGUCCCUUUCUCAUACUUCACCAUUAGAGUGGAUGUUACUAUUCUCAGAAUGACAAAAUUCCAGCACAGCAGGACUCAUUUUUUACCCAUAAAUUUCCUCUUAAAGUUUAAUGUGAUAAAAAGAAUAAUUGUUUUGAUUAAUUUGCAAAGUUCUGUUAUAGUAAGAGUCAAUAGAAUUGGUUAUAAAAUGAAGAAUUUAGGGAAAAAAAAGCAAGAAAAGAUAGUACUGUCUGCAAGAAUUUUCAGGCCAGGUUUGAUCUGAUUACAUUCAGAUGCUAAAAUUCUGUCCUGAUUUGUUCAAGUAGCUGGUGUCAUUUGCUAAUGAGAAUUCUUAGGUCAUUUCUUUGCUUGUUGUUAAACUGAUACUCUCCUGCACAAACAAUGCAUGUAUUGCCACUUGAUUACUGUCUUCAGUCUCAAUUUGAUCCUCUUCAUAGACAUUAAUCCUCCCUCAGUUUGGAGACAAAUCCUGUCACA